CGUAUGGUGAUGGUGCAUAUGUUUUGUCUCGUGGUGGGAGCAUAGUGAAAAGCACAUACUCAGUUUCAAGUUAUGGCUUAGCAACGAUGUCACAGCUGUACUACGGUCGAACGGAUAACUCCUCAUACAGGGACCGCAUCCCUUUGCGAAUCGUGCGCGCCGAGUCUGAACUCUGUCCCCAGGAAAAGGCCUACCUGAGCGCGGUGGAGAAGGGGGACUACGCCAGUGUCAAGCAAGCACUAGACGAGGCGGAGAUCUACUUCAAAAUAAACAUCAAUUGCAUCGACCCGCUUGGACGCACAGCACUGCUCAUCGCCAUCGAGAAUGAGAACUUGGAGAUCAUUGAACUGCUGCUCAGCUAUAACGUUUAUGUCGGAGAUGCCUUGCUCCAUGCCAUUCGCAAAGAGGUGGUCGGCGCCGUGGAGCUCUUGCUCAAUCAUAAGAAGCCCAGCGGGGGCAUGCAGGUGCCACCCAUCUUGCUGGAUAAGCAGUUCUCGGACUUUACUCCGGACAUAACGCCCAUAAUCUUGGCGGCGCACACCAACAACUAUGAGGUCAUCAAGAUGCUGGUGCAGAAGGGCGUGUCAGUGCCACAGCCGCAUGAGGUGCGCUGCAACUGCGUGGAGUGCGUCUCCAGCUCGGACGUGGACAGCCUGCGGCACUCGCGCUCGCGCCUCAACAUCUACCGGGCGCUGGCGUCGCCCUCGCUCAUCGCCCUGUCCAGCGAGGACCCCUUCCUCACCGCCUUCCGCCUCAGCUGGGAGCUGCAGGAGCUCAGCAAGGUGGAGAACGAGUUCAAGUCGGAGUACGAGGAGCUGUCGCACCAGUGCAAGCAGUUCGCCAAGGACCUGUUGGACCAGACCAGGAGCUCGCGCGAGCUGGAGAUCAUCCUGAACUACACGGACGAGCUGCAGGACCCGCUGCAGGAGGACGAGAGCAACGACCUGGCGCGCCUCAAGCUGGCCAUCAAGUACCACCAGAAAGAAUUCGUGGCCCAGCCCAACUGUCAGCAGCUGUUGGCGUCGCGCUGGUACGAUGAGUUCCCCGGCUGGCGGAAGCUGCACUGGGCGGGCAAGUCGGUCACCUGCAUGUUCAUCGGCAUCCUCUUCCCCUUCCUGUCGCUCUGCUACCUGAUCGUGCCCAAGAGCCACAUGGGCCUCUGCAUCCGCAAGCCCUUCAUCAAGUUCAUCUGCCACACCGCCUCCUACCUCACAUUCCUCUUCCUCCUGCUGCUGGCCUCCCAGCACAUCGUCAGCUCCCAGGAGGAGAGGCAGGGCCCCGCGCCCACCAUCGUCGAAUGGAUGAUCCUGCCUUGGAUUUUAGGUUUCGUCUGGGCGGAGAUCAAACAGAUGUGGGAUGGAGGUUUUCAGGACUACAUUCACGACUGGUGGAACCUGAUGGACUUUGUCAUGAACUCUCUUUAUCUGGCCACCAUCUCCCUAAAGAUUGUGGCAUACAACAAGUAUCAUCAUUGUGGCCUGAAGCCGCGGGAGCAGUGGGAGAUGUGGCACCCGACGCUGGUGGCCGAGGCGCUGUUCGCCAUCGCCAACAUCUUCAGCUCGCUGCGGCUCAUCUCGCUCUUCACGGCCAACUCGCACCUGGGCCCGCUGCAGAUCUCGCUGGGCCGCAUGCUGCUGGACAUCCUCAAGUUCCUCUUCAUCUACUGCCUGGUGCUGCUGGCCUUCGCCAACGGCCUCAACCAGCUCUACUUCUACUACGAGACGCAGGGCAACAUCGAGGGGCAGGGCACAAGGUGCAAGGGCAUCCGCUGCAAGGACCAGAACAACGCCUUCUCCACGUUAUUCGAGACGCUGCAGUCACUCUUCUGGUCCGUCUUCGGCUUGAUAAGUUUGUAUGUCACCAACGUCCAGCCAAACCACGAGUUCACAGAGUUUGUCGGCGCGACCAUGUUCGGAACCUACAACAUCAUUUCCCUGGUGGUCCUCCUGAACAUGCUUAUUGCAAUGAUGAACAACUCCUACCAGCACAUCGCUGACCAUGCCGACAUCGAGUGGAAGUUUGCCAGGACCAAGCUGUGGAUGAGCUACUUUGAAGAGGGUGGUACACUGCCUCCUCCUUUCAAUCUCAUCCCCAGUCCCAAGUCCCUCUGGUACCUCUUCAAGUGGAUGAAGAGACGCGCUUUCGCCAAGAGGAGGCUGGAGAGGACCGAGACUUUCCAAUCGAUUGGGAGACGCGCCGCUGAGAACCUGCGAAUAAAUCACCAGUACCAGGAGGUUCUCCGAAAUUUAGUGAAGAGAUAUGUAGCUGCCAUGAUUCGCGAUGCGAAGACAGAAGAAGGACUCACAGAAGAAAAUUUUAAGGAACUGAAGCAGGAUAUAUCCAGCUUUCGGUACGAGGUGCUGGGCAUGCUCAAGACUGGCAAAGCUGCCCUGCCGGGCGUCAAAGGGAGCGCCGCGGGCACCGCCCUCUCAUUCCCAGGCCACCCGAAGAGCAAACUCAACCUCUUCACCGCAACCUCCAUGUUGCAGCAGCAGCAGCAGCAGCAGCAGCAGCUGCAGGGGGCACCUUGUAAACUGUCGCCCCAGCCAGGAGAUGCUUUAAGCAGCCUGGCCAACGGCUCAGUCCCCCGCCAAGCUCUGGUGAAGGAAGAAAAGCAGCAGCAGACGACGACAACAACCAGUCUGAAGGCCGACCCGGGUGGAGGAGGACAGCUACGCCACCGAGGUGGGGGUCAACCGCGAAUGUCGGCCGUGUCUGAGGAGGCGGACACUGAUCUCGAUGGAGACAGGGACGGGGACAGAGAUGCAGACAGAGGUACAGAAAGCACGGCAAAAACACCCAGUGAGAUAAAGAAGGAUGAAAGGAAAGAUUCGCCGACGCGCAGAGAACACAAGGAGGGCAGAGAGGGUGCGAAAUAG